GCUGCUCUCUAGAGCCCACAUCACCUCAGCAGCUCCGUGGUCUGCUCUGCACACCCACUGCCCCACAAACAGGCACAAAUCCACUUGGCUUUGCUUCAAAACCUCAGCCACUGCAGAAUGUUUAAAAAACUCACCAAAUUCAUCGCAAAGGAAAUGGAUCCAUACAAAGAAUUGGUCCCUGUCGAGAGCAUUGCAUACAAUGAGCACUUCAGGCCUCUCUGUCUACUGAAAAAAAAGAGAAAAUCAAAAACCAUAUUCCACCCAGCUCCCUACUACCAGCAGACAGGGUUCAAACUGCAUGAUGUGCUGCUGCCUGGAGAAGAUGGUAAAAGCACAGAGUCCCUCCUUCAAGAUUCCAGCCAUAUUACUCUCACAAAAACCAGCACAGACCAAGCUGAUGGAGGUCUCAGCAUUUCAUUUGACCCUGCAAGUGUAGAAAUGCAUGGAGGUGCCUCCUUGUCCAAGGCAAUUGCUAUCAAGCCACAGAAGAAGAGUGUAUCACUGCAAUCACUGGAAGCACUGAAAAAAGAAAGACAAAUCAACAUGGAUCAUUCCUUCAUCCGACAACUACAGAGAACUGACAUCGAUCUAUAUGUGGUGACUGAAAUCCUCGAAACCUCAGAGGAGACUGUCUACAAGGAAUCCACCAAGUUCCCCCCCAACACCUGCACCCAGGUGUUCUCACUGCUUGUUUUCCUUCACCAGGGCACCAGAGAGAAGAACCAAGACAUAGUCAUUCCCAAGGGCUGCACCCUGGCCUUCAGGACCAUCCCGCUACUCAUUGGAGAUGGAAAAUGGGAUGUGGGUUAUUUCUUCACAACAAGACAGAAUAUAGAAACUGUGGGAGGUGAUCAUAAAACUCAAGUGACAGAUUUGGUCUUAUUCUGGUUUACAGAUGAAUCAAUGGGAAGAUUAGCAGGUGUCAUGGGUGAAGUGGAAUGCCGCUGUCAAAUUUUCUCCAAGUUGUCUCCUGACCUGCUGCUCAUUGUCUUCAACACCAUCAAAGCUGUGAUGACAGACAAGAACCUCUUUCAAGAGCUCAGACAGAAAAUGGAAGAAAUUCUUGAGCAAAAUGACGGUUAUGAGCUGAAAACUGAGAGCCCAGACUUAAAAGACCUCGCGGCCUGA